UCAUCUCUGGAGCAAUCUCCCAACUCAUCUCUGUGUGAAAUUUGUGAAGUAAAAUAUCUAGUAAAUUACUGUUCGAUACUACGUAAAUUACCUAGGGUAUUUUACGUACCCAAUUCUACUGCAGCUACCCUUCUUAUGAUAUUUUUGUCUGUGAUCGACAAUCGACCAUUUUACGUGUCGUGUCCGGUACAUUUCUUUCUCCUUGAAUUUGGUUGAAUGGUAACAUGGGUUUCCAGAAUAUCUGGUAUUCUCAUCCCCGAAAGUACGGUCAAGGAUCCAGGUCUUGUCGUGCCUGUGCCAACAAGCAUGGGCUCAUCCGCAAGUAUGGAUUAAAUAUCUGCCGUCAAUGUUUUAGAGAAUACGCAGCAGAAAUUGGUUUUAAAAAGCUGGAUUAAAUGUAAAAAUGCCUUGAUGGAUUUAAAUGAAAAAUCAGUUAUCAAAAUGUUAUAAAUAAUGGAACUACUUUGUAUAUUUCAACCAUGCAAGUUCAGGUAUUUCAGUUGUAAUGGAAUUUGGCAGUGGAUCACUCACAAGUUUCUGAAAAAUGUAUUAUUAAUUAGUACUUGAAGUCAACAAUUAUCCAUUAAAUAUUUUGAAACUAA